AUGGCUUUGGAUCGAGCAAAGAAAGUUGUAAAUGAAAAACAUGAAAGGAUACUAUUAGAAAUGGCAAAACAACCUGGGAAUGAUGUGUGUGCUGAUUGUGGUGCUAAAGCUCCUCGUUGGGCAUCGCAUAGUAUCGGCAUAUUCCUGUGUAUACGGUGUGGAAGUAUACAUCGUAAAAUGGGAACACAUAUUUCCAAAGUUAAAUCUAUAUCGUUGGAUUCUUGGACGCCUGAUCAAGUGGAGAAUAUGAAACAAUGGGGUAACUUGAAAGCGAAUGCUAAAUGGAAUCCUCGGCCAGAAUUGAAUCCCGUUCCUGUGAAUGCUUCCGAUAGUGAAAUGGAACGAUAUAUUCGAAAUAAAUAUGAGAGAAAGGCAUUCAUGGAUCCAAAGCCGCCACAAUCAAAAAAUCGCGCCAAUGGUUCUCGGUCCAGCGCAUCGUCAGUCUCAUCAUCAGUAAUCUCGCCAGUAAAACGUGCUGAGCCAAUUGUCACAUACUCUGACAAAGGAGAUACCACCACAUCCAAUAAAUCCGGAUUCGAGAGUGCAUUACGUCAACUUCAUGACAUGGGGUUCACUGAUACUGCUCGGAAUCGUGAGAUUUUAUCUACUACAAAUGGUGAUCUUAAUGCAGCGAUUGAAAUUUUGUGUAAAUUACCCCCUAGUAGUGGUAGUGGGGGGACUGGUGGUAAUAGUGGAAAUAGCGUGUCGGCAAAGCCUUUGUCCCAAGUAAGACGAACAUCGUCAAUGUCUGAUGAGGAAAAGGUUACUGCAUUAUGGAAUUUAGGAUUUCAUGACGAAGCCAAAAAUCGUGAUGCAUUACGUCGUACUGGUGGAAAUGUUGAAGUUGCUGCCGCGAUAUUAAAUGACGAGCGAUCAAAACCACCUGAAACUGGAUCUCCCGCUACUGUCUCUAAUACAAUUCAGGGUCCAAAAUCCACAAGCUCAAAUAGUAGCCUUAAUGGGACUGCGCAACUUGAUUCACAACGACGACAGCAUAAAUUACCAUUGACUUCGAAUAACCAACAAUCACGAAAUUCAUUGCUUAUUGAUACGCCCGCGACACCACCUCAACCACAGCAACAAUUGCCCAAUUCUUCCUUAAAUCCGUUGCUGUCUCAACAGACGUCAAAUUUAGCUUCAUUUGGACAAAAUAAUCCUUUUGGGUUUAACGGAUUGAGUCAAGGAUUAGGAAUGGGUGUCAUGACUCCCACCUCCACUAGUAAUAUAAAUAAUAUUCAUAAUUCAAUUGGAUUACAAAAUAAUCCGCAAUUAGGUCUAGUAGGAGGGGGCGGAGGAAGCACCAAUAUACAACAACAAAAUUCACUUUCCUUUGCCAAUAACAAUUCAAUAAUGGGAUCAGGAUCAGGCAGCACAACCCCAUUUUCGGAGUUAAUACCUUCAUUUGGUAAUCUUAACUUAGGUAAUUCAAGUCGAUUAACAUCAUCCACGCAAUCAUUUGGUGCACCAACACAAAAAUCCGCACCCGUUGGUGUCAAUUCCGCCGGGUUUCUUAUGAGUCACCAACAAACACCAUCAUCAUUAUUAUCAUCUAAUUCGUCAGCUUCACUCGCAAAUAAUUUGCAUGGAAGUACUAAUGCUGGGAUGCUGGGUACAAAUGCGAAUCAUGGUUGGAAUGGAAUGAAUAAUUUUGGAGCAUUUUAA